AUAAGGACAAGUGCCUCACUGGCUGACCUGAGGCCCACGUGACAGCACCCGUUCAUUGAUAUCGGGCCAUUCACCCCCCCUCCCUCUUCUGAUCAGGGCAGAGUAUAGGUAAAGGUUGGCACGGUCACUCAGGGUAAGAGGGGGAGAGAGGAAGAGAUCAGAGGGUGUCUGUGCAGCGGACGGUCCCUCUGUCCCGGUAGAACGAUGCUACAAUGAGCAGCUUCUUAGACUACUCAGUGAUGAGCGGUGAAGGUGGCUCGUGCUCAGUAAGGGCUUUCCACUCGGACCACGGGAUUACAACUUUCCAAUCGUGCGCAGUGACUGUUAACAACUGCGGCGCGGAUGAGCGAUUCAUGGCGAGCAGGGCUUCCCCUGACAUCAUCCCCCACCAGCCGGGGUCAUACCAGACUACCGCGAGCUCGCUGGGUCUCGCCUAUGGGGCCCACCCGGCCUGCAGCUCCAGCUAUGGACCUCAAAGUUUCUGCACUACAUAUAACCAUUAUGCGCUCAACCAGGAAGUAGACUCCACAGCAGGGUUCCCUCAGUGCGGCCCGCUGAUGUACUCGGGCAACAUUUCCUCCUCCAUGGUCACUCAGCAUCGUCAGGGUUACAGUGCAGCCCCUCUAGGUCAGCUGCAGUAUGCCCAUGCAGCAUAUGGCGGCGGGCACGAGCAAGCAACCUCUUUUCCUGGAUGCUCUAACCCGCUGUCACCUCUGCACGCAGCUCACCUGGAGGCAUGCUGCUCACCUCUGUCUGAGGGAGCAUCUUCUGCACAGACCUUCGACUGGAUGAAAGUCAAGAGGAACCCACCAAAGACAGGUAGGUCUGGGGAGUACGGUUACGGGGGUCAGCCCAACACGGUCCGAACCAACUUCACCACCAAGCAGUUGACCGAGCUAGAAAAAGAGUUCCACUUCAAUAAGUAUCUGACCCGUGCGCGGCGCGUGGAGAUCGCGGCCGCACUACAGCUGAAUGAGACUCAGGUGAAAAUCUGGUUCCAGAACCGCAGGAUGAAGCAGAAGAAGAGGGAGAAAGAAGGACUGCUGCCGGCCAAAGCAGCUUCCUCUGACCCGGGAGAGAGAAGUCAAGAUAAAAUGGACGAUGCAGAUUCGGAGAAGUCAAUCUCAGCCCCCUCUACUCCGUCUCCGUCCACAUCCACAGUCUCAUCCACAGGAGCUGAUCCUUACUCCUCAAAUUAACCUGCCUCUUUACCUCUUUGGGCCACUGGUGGCCUGUGUGUAUAAAACGUAUACCCAGCGUGCCAAGCCAAAGUCAUGGUGUAUGGAGAGCAUAUGUGGACACGUAGGAUUAGUUUAUGCACUAUUGGUGGUAUACACUAUUUGGGACUUUGGACAGAACAUGGACCAUUUCUGAGUGAUAGCUUUGUUUUAUAUCGUGUAUUGUGGUCAAAAGGACGAUAUCACAGCUGUCCAAACAAAUGUAGGCCAUGGUGGUGUGUUAAUUUAAUUUGAAAUUCAACGUUAAAUACAUGUUGCGCCACGACGUUGUGUAUCUUCCUCGGACCUGUUGCUGAUCAGUGCUGCUUUAUGUAAAGUCAGAAGUCUGCACGGACAAAAAUACCUCAAAUAUGCCAAAGUUGAGCGUCAUGGCCAAGGCUGGGCUGAUUGCACUGGAUGCCCAUAAGAAGGUAUCCCCCAAUCAACGAGAUGACCUCGUUCAGAAAUCUUUAUAGAGUUCAUUCUUAUUGUGCAAUCCUAAAUCACUGUCAUCAUUGUGUUAAGGGCCUGUGUGUUGGUAUGUCUGUGUGCUGGUCUGAAUGCAUAUUGUGUGAGAUUUUGCAUGAUGCGUAAUGCUUUCAUGUAUUAUUUGCAGGGCGCUGAGUUUUAUCAGUCGGAGAGUCAGUCAUGUUUGUCCCAAGCUUUUAUGUGUUGUCUAUAUAAUCCAGUUGAGCACACACAAGAUGUUUUGUCCAUAGAGACGUUUACGGGUCAAUCAUGUGUAUUAAAGUACG